GAGUUCUUUUUAAAUGUGAAGGAUAUUCUUCGAGCUCCCGCUGAUGUGACAGGCCAGUUUCAGAAAUGGGAAAAUCAGGAAGCAGAACUGAACAAACAUUUUUACGACAAGAAGGCAGCAAUUCACGAAGCACUGUGUGACAAUAUUGACACUCGCUCUGUCUUAGAAGAAAUGCGUUCGUUAGUCAGUCAGAGUAACUCCUAUAUUGCUGCAAAGAAAUCUUCCAGACAAAUGCCAAACAGACUUCUUUUAGAAAACAUCAGUUCCUAUCUCACUCAAAUGCUGAAGAUAUUUGGUGCCAUAGAAAGUGAUGAUUCAAUUGGUUUUCCUGUUGGAGGGAAUAAUCAGAAUAUAAAUAUUGAAUCUACAGUGAUGCCAUAUCUCCAGGUUCUUUCUGAGUUCAGAGAAGGAGUGCGACAAAUUGCCAGAGAGAAGAAAGUAACUGAAGUGCUGCAGUUGAGUGAUGCUCUUCGAGAUGACAUCCUUCCUGAACUUGGUGUUCGAUUUGAAGAUCAUGAAGGACUUCCAACUGUGGUUAAAUUAGUAGAUAAGGACACAUUACUGAAAGAAAGAGAAGAAAAGAAAAAGAUUGAAGAAGAGAAGAAAAGGAAGAAAGAUGAAGCAGCCAGGAAAAAACAAGAGCAGGAAGCAGCAAAACUUGCAAAAAUGAAGAUUCCACCACAUGAAAUGUUUAAAUCAGAACAUGACAAAUAUUCUGUGUUUGAUGAAAAUGGAUUUCCCACCCAUGAUACAGAAGGCAAAGAACUCAGCAAAGGACAAAUUAAGAAGCUAAAGAAACUUUAUGAAACACAAGAAAAGCUGUACAAGGAGUAUCUGCAAAUGGUUCAGAAUGGCAGCGCAAAUUGAAAACAACAGGACUUACUGUUUUUUUAGAAGGCAAGUGCUGGGUCACCAUUGAAGAAGUGAGCAUAUCCUGAUGCUCCAAUUUCUGUUUACACUUUCUAUUAUGUGCAGAGCAGAAAUCCUGUUUACGUGGAUUAAUAAUGUCAUCUGGAAAGCCAAUAAAAAUCCAUUCUUAACAAAUGCCAACCUGUAAGGAGUUUCUUCGCAACGACAGUAGCAGGUUGAACGGUUGCCAGUUCUAUUUGGGAAGAUGCUACUCAGUCAGCAAAUCCACAUAAGGAUUUUUGUUUAUUAUAGCUGUACAGGCUUUGGUUAAUUUGUCGCUGCAUACUGAUCUCUAUCUAAAACCCACUGUAGCUUGCAUUCUGGAAUAUGUCACAGUCAACAAAAUUUACUGCUAAAUGGGAGCUGAGUAAUUCGUCCCACAGCAAGAACAGUAUUUUCCAGAUGACUUUAGUAUCUUUACAUAAGCAGGAAAAACUGGGUAGUUCCACUACAAUACUUACUCUAGCUGCUGUUAUUAAAAACUCUCAUAAGUAUACCCAGAA